AUGCGCAGCCGAGCGCCUCCCCACCCGCACCCGCGUCCGCGCCGCAAAGCCAUGACCCCUCAGCCAGCCAGCCCCGGUGAAGAUCGCAAUGAUCCUCCUGAGCAGCUUGAUGGGUGGAUCGAUGCUUUGCAAGGCAGUGCGAGGCUCGGAGAAGACGCUGCUGGGCUCGCGAGCGCUAGGUCCAAGAACGGCGGGUCGAGGGGCUGCGAGGCUGCGAUGCCGGUCGAGUCGAGUCGAGUUGGUGCUGCUGCCAUGUCGAUGCGUGGCGAGGCAAAGUUUUAUAUUGACGAUAUUUCAGAUGCUCGACAGGCGCCAGAGCAGAGAGUCCAAUUCUGCCGUUCAAGACGCCCGCCUGCUAACUGCCUAUUUUCCGGCGAGAAGAAAGGCGAGAAAAGGCUAAAGUCGACGCGACGCUCCGCUCGUCUUGAUCAUGCGCCAACUCUAAUCGCACCAAUCACAGCGCGCCAUCGCUUCCAGGGUCCUCGCAUCUUCUGCACUCGCAGAGUUGGACAGAUCUCGGCCGAGGCCUCGGGGCGGCGUCAUUCUCGGCAUUCUAGGCCGCCGCGCCAAGCGGACUUCACCGGUAUGAAAGCCUCUCUGCCUCCCCACACGGACAACAAUGCAAAACGCGUCUGCCGUAGACCGGUCCGGCAUCAUCGAGUCACCCACAUGCUUGCCACUUGCCCCGGCGCAUCCUCGUCGACACCAUCAGGUUCGCCCAACGCUGACGCAAAUCGUGGCGCUAGGGCAGGUGACGGAAUGUUCAGCGUCGUCGGAUUGGUUACCGCCUGCAGUGCGCGGCCAGGUGGGAGCGCGUCGGAGAGAUUCUCGGCCUUCCCCGUCGCAGCAACCGCCAGGGAGAUUUCGGAACAGUCAGAGUAG